CCGGCCAUAUCAUGCUGCACAGCAUGUUCCAUAGCUAUCUAAUAGGAAGUGCCCCUCAUUUGGUCACUUGAGUCGUUCCACGCAUGGAGCUUUUUACUUUAUGUGCAGUUUCUCUGGCCACAGUGGUACUACUCUUCAUUUGGUUCCACAAGCCUGGAGUGAGCGUCACCAAGAAGCGCCUGCCGCCUGGGCCAUGGACCCUCCCGAUCAUCGGCAGCAUCCACCACGUCAUAGGCGGCCUCGGCCACCGCACGAUGGCGGAGCUGUCUCGCCGGCACGGCCCGCUGAUGUUCCUCCGGUUCGGCGAGGUUCCCACCCUGGUGGUCUCCAGCGCCGAGGCGGCCGAGCUGGUGAUGAGGACCCACGACCUAGCCUUCUGCUCCCGGCCGACGACCAGUGUCACCAUAGACAUCGUCGGCUGCAAAGGGAAGGGGAUCGGCUUCGCGCCCUACGGCGACCGCUGGCGCCAGAUGAAGAAGAUUGUCGUCAUGGAGCUCCUGAGCGCCGCGCAGGUGAAGCGCAUCGAGUCCCUAAGGGCUGAGGAGGUGGGCCGCCUCCUCCGGUCCGUCGCCGCCGCCGGAGUCGGAGCCGGUGGUGUCGUGAACGUCAGCGAGGAGGUGAAGGCGCUCGCGCCGGACCUCGUAGCGAGGGCCAUCUUCGGCGGCACGUGCGCCGAGAAAUCCGACUUCGUCAUCCAGUACGACGAGGUCAGCAAACUCGUGUCGGGGUUCUUCCCGGAGGACUUGUUCCCGUCGUCGAGGCUGGUGCGGUGCCUGAGCACCGGCGAGCGCCGCCUAGUGAGGAGCUAUGGCCGCAUCCAGCAAAUCAUUGCGAACGCCAUCGAGAGCCGCAGAGCUGACAAGAACGGUGGGGCCUGCAGGCCCGACCAAGAGGAUCUGCUGGGCGUGCUGCUCAGGCUGCAGGAGGAGGAUUCGCUUACUUUCCCUCUAACCUCGGAGAUUAUAGGCGCCGUCAUGUUUGACAUUUUUGGAGGUGCCACGACAACCAUAGGAUCCACUUUGGAGUGGGCUAUGUCAGAGCUCAUAAAAAAGCCUGAGGCCAUGCAGAGGGCACAACAAGAGGUUCGAGAAGUGCUAGGUGGAUCACGAGGUGUCGUCACUAAUACUGACCUUGUUGGACUCGGCUACCUGCGAAUGGUUAUCAAGGAGGUUCUUAGGCUGCAUCCUCCUAAUCCUCUACUCGUCCCUCGUGAGUCGAGAGAGGAUUGUGAACUAUUGGGUUACCACAUUCCCAAAGGAACCAAGGUGCUUGUGAAUGCAUUCGCAAUUUCUCGGGAUCCAAGAUACUGGAACGACCCAGAAGCUUUCAAUCCAGAGAGGUUUGAGAACAGCAAUGUUGAUUACAAAGGAACACAUUUUGAGUUCACGCCCUUCGGGUCCGGUCGGCGACAAUGCCCGGCGAUAAUGUUCGGCACAUCCACUUUGGAGAUUGCAUUGGCAAACCUUCUGUACCACUUCGACUGGGUGCUUCCUGAUGGACUGAGCCCAGAGUUGGUGGACAUGUCUGAGAAAUACGGGAUGGGGGUAAGCAAGAAAAUGGACCUGCAUUUGAAAGCCAUCCCAUAUGUGAACUCCAGUGCUGCAUAGGUAUCUAUUGCUGUGUCUUGUUGCACCUUGAGGUCCCUUGUCACCGUAUUCUUUCGAUGCUCGUCUAUCUUCAUAAAUCAUAAUAAGUGUGGAUGUUUCUAUUGCGAAUCGCGUAGUCGGUUUCUCUUGUUAUGUGGCAGUUGGUUUAAUUGCUUGGAAUAUUGUCUUGAGUAGUCGUUUGUCUUAGUUAUAUGUGGCGGUUGGUUUAAUUGCUUGGAACAUUGUAAUAACAAUGUUGGGACCGUGUGAACUUUAAUAUAUAUGGGCAAGGCAAUAUUGGUA